ACCAUAUUUAAAAUCUAUUUAUUCAAGCUCAACUACCAGAUAAAUACUAAUGAAGACCUAUCUAUUACUUGCUAUGAUUUCUCGUGCUCCACUAUCCGGUGCAAUGCCUAUCCCCAAUCAAUCUACAGGCAGUAUGCUGGGAUCAAGAUAUCUCACUAUACCAACCGAUACUUAUAGAAUGCUUUUCCCGGAUUCUCUUUUUGAAAUUCCAGCUGACUUGGGUUCAAUCGAUCGUGUCGAGGAAGUACAUUUGGAUCGUAGAGCACCACCAAUUCCAGCUGACUUGGGUUCAAUCGAUCGUGUCGAGGAAGUACAUUUGGAUCGUAGAGCACCACCAAUGGCAAAGUUAUUUAGCAAAGCUAAAACUGUGUUGGUUAAGCCAAAAGGUGGUUCUAUUAAAGCCAAACCAAUCGUUCACAAUGCAAAGCUAUCUGGGCCUACCAAAGCAGGCUCUAUUAAAAAGACGGGCGUUGAAAGUGGAGCUAGUAAAGCGGGCUCUAGUUCUGGAGCCGGAGCUACUCAAAAGAGUGGUGGUGGCACUCCACCACCUCGACCACCUCCACCUGGUAAAUCUGGAAAUCCCAUUGCCAAAAGUCCAUCAACAAAUGGUGGUCCAACUAAGGCUCCUGCUCCUCAGAUUCCACAACAAGGAGCUGGAACUAGCCAGCAAUCUGGACCCAUGACUCAAAAUCGUGCUGGUAGCACUUCACCACCUCCACCUGGUAAACCUGCAAGUCCUCCCGCCAAAAGUCCAUCAACAAAUGGUGGUCCAGUUAAAGCUCCUGCUCCUCAGAUUCCACAACAAGGAGCUGGAACUAGUCAGCAAUCUGGAGCUGGAGUCGGAGCUGGAACUCAAAAUCAUGGUGGUGGUACUUCACCAGCACCAGCUGGUAAACCUGCAAGUCCUCCCGCCAAAAGUCCAUCAACAAAUGGUGGUCCAGUUAAAGCUCCUGCUCCUCAGAUUCCACAACAAGGAGCUGGAGUCGGAGCUGGAACUCAAAAUCAUGGUGGUGGUAUUCCACCAGCUCCACCACUUGUACUCGGUAAAAAUGGUAAACCUAUAAAUCCCCCCGCCCAAGGCCAGCCAGUAAGUGGUGGUUCAGCUAAAGCUCCUGCUUCUCAGAUUCCACAACAAGGAGCUGGAGUCGGAGCUGGAACUCAAAAUCAUGGUGGUGGUACUUCACCAGCUCCACCUGGUAGACCUGGAAAUCCCCCCGCCCAAGGCCAGCCAGUAAGUGGUGGUCCAGUUAAAGCUCCUGCUCCUCAGAUUCCACAACAAGGAGCUGGAACUAGUCAGCAAUCUGGAGCUGGAGUCGGAGCUGGAACUCAAAAUCAUGGUGGUGGUAUUCCACCAGCUCCACCACUUGUACUCGGUAAAAAUGGUAAACCUAUAAAUCCCCCCGCCCAAGGCCAGCCAGUAAGUGGUGGUCCAGUUAAAGCCCCUGCUCCUCAGAUUCCACAACAAGGAGCUGGAACUAGUCAGCAAUCUGGAGCUGGAACUCAAAAUCAUGGUGGUGGUACUUCACCACCUCCACCUGGUAGACCUAUAAAUCCCCCCGUUCAAGGCCAGCCAGCAAGUGGUGGUUCAGCUAAAGCUCCUGCUCCUCAAAACCCACAACAAGGAGCUGGAACUAGUCAGCAAUCUGGAGCUGGAGUUGGAGCUGGAACUCAAAAUCAUGGUGGUGGUAUUCCACCAGCUCCACCACUUGUACUCGGUAAAAAUGGUAGACCUAUAAAUCCCCCCGCCCAAGGCCAGCCAGUAAGUGGUGGUCCAGUUAAAGCUCCUGCUCCUCAGAUUCCACAACAAGGAGCUGGAACUAGUCAGCAAUCUGGAGCUGGAGUCGGAGCUGGAACUCAAAAUCAUGGUGGUGGUACUUCACCAGCUCCACCUGAUAGACCUGGAAAUCCCCCCGCCCAAGGCCAGCCAGUAAGUGGUGGUCCAGUUAAAGCUCCUGCUCCUCAGAUUCCACAACAAGGAGCUGGAACUAGUCAGCAAUCUGGAGCUGGAGUCGGAGCUGGAACUCAAAAUCAUGGUGGUGGUAUUCCACCAGCUCCACCACUUGUACUCGGUAAAAAUGGUAGACCUAUAAAUCCCCCCGCCCAAGGCCAGCCAGUAAGUGGUGGUCCAGUUAAAGCCCCUGCUCCUCAGAUUCCACAACAAGGAGCUGGAACUAGUCAGCAAUCUGGAGCUGGAGUCGGAGCUGGAACUCAAAAUCAUGGUGGUGGUACUUCACCAGCUCCACCUGGUAGACCUGGAAAUCCCCCCGCCCAAGGCCAGCCAGUAAGUGGUGGUCCAGUUAAAGCUCCUGCUCCUCAGAUUCCACAACAAGGAGCUGGAACUAGUCAGCAAUCUGGAGCUGGAGUCGGAGCUGGAACUCAAAAUCAUGGUGGUGGUAUUCCACCAGCUCCACCUGGUAGACCUAUAAAUCCCCCCGCCCAAGGCCAGCCAGUAAGUGGUGGUCCAGUUAAAGCCCCUGCUCCUCAGAUUCCACAACAAGGAGCUGGAACUAGUCAGCAAUCUGGAGCUGGAACUCAAAAUCAUGGUGGUGGUACUUCACCACCUCCACCUGGUAGACCUAUAAAUCCCCCCGUUCAAGGCCAGCCAGCAAGUGGUGGUUCAGCUAAAGCUCCUGCUCCUCAAAACCCACAACAAGGAGCUGGAGUCGGAGCUGGAACUCAAAAUCAUGGUGGUGGUAUUCCACCAGCUCCACCUGGUAGACCUGGAAAUCCCCCCGCUCAAGGCCAGCCAGUAAGUGGUGGUCCAGUUAAAGCUCCUGCUCCUCAGAUUCCACAACAAGGAGCUGGAACUAGUCAGCAAUCUGGAGCUGGAGUCGGAGCUGGAACUCAAAAUCAUGGUGGUGGAAUUCCACCAGCUCCACCUGGUAGACCUGGAAAUCCCCCCGCUCAAGGCCAGCCAGCAAGUGGUGGUCCAGUUAAAGCUCCUGCUCCUCAAAACCCACAACAAGGAGCUGGAGUCGGAGCUGGAACUCAAAAUCAUGGUGGUGGUAUUCCACCAGCUCCACCUGGUAGACCUGGAAAUCCCCCCGCUCAAGGCCAGCCAGCAAGUGGUGGUCCAGUUAAAGCUCCUGCUCCUCAAAACCCACAACAAGGAGCUGGAACUAGUCAGCAAUCUGGAGCUGGAACUCAAAAUCAUGGUGGUGGAAUACCACCACCAGCUCCACCUGGUAGACCUGGAAAUUCCCCCACUCAAGGCCAGCCAACAACUGGCGCAGGCACUCAGAACAACGGACAGGGUUUAGGCACUCAGAAUAACGGACAGGGCACAGGCACUCAGAACAAUAUGCAAUCCAGCUCUAGCCACCCAGGUGAUCAGAUGGGCGAUAUGGCACCAGCUCCAAGCCCUGGAUUCGUGGGAAAAAUGAAAAAUAUGGUUACUGGUGGCAAUGGCGGUGGUGGACUGGCUGAAACUCUUGUAACAUCAAUGGUAGGAGGAGUGGGAAUGAGUGUUGCUGGUCUAGCUGUGCAGAAGGUUGUCGAAUCCAGAUCUAAACCGCCUGCUGAUGAAGUCCCUGCUGAAGAUGUCCCUGUUGAAGAAGAAACCCCUGCUGCUGAAGAUGUCCCUGCUGCUGAAGAUGUCCCUGCUGGGGAUGCUUCCGUUGAUAAAGGAGUAACAGAUACUUCUAAUACAGCCGAGGGAGACACACCGGUUUCCAACUGA